UAGGGCAUAGAUAAUAUCAUAGGAUAAUAUAUAUACAAAGGGUGAUAAUAGGGUUAUUACCCUUUGUAUAUCUAUUAUCUAUGGUUAUGAGCAGUUAUGAGUGGAAAUGAGUGGAACUGAGUCAAAGUUUAUUGAUAAAAUUAAAAUUGAAAGUAAUUUUUGAAUUGUAUAAUUAUUGGUGAUGGAAUGUAAAUACUGUUCAGAAACACUAAAAGAAAUACACGCAGAGGGUUUAGAAUGUACAUUAUGUAAGCAAUCAGUCCAUGUAAAAUGCUUGAAACGGGGCUCAGUACCGGGAGGCCUUCCUGGAGAUGUGUUCUUCCAAUUUACUUGUUUUGAGUGUUCCCUUGAUGACACCGAGAAAUUUGUUCGCAGCAAAAUGACGUGGCUCCAAACGAUAGUUCUUGUUUUAUUUAAUCUGCAAUUACGAAGUCAAGGAUUGGCAAAAAAGGGAUAUUUCCACUGGAAAACUCAUAUUGCAGCUUUCAUUGAUAAGAAUUGGAAUUUCCUUUUUCGAAAGUAUUUUAGACAAAGGAGGAAAUGGUGGGGAACAGUUUCUGGAAGUUUAUCCCAUUACAGUCCCUAUUUUUUUAAAUCUGGUACAAUUCUAUUUAAUGAACCAGGAUGGUGGACCCUCACGUUUCCAAAAUUAACACCUAAUGUAAUAGUUCAAUUGAAUAAUGAAUUAAUGAUGGAAAAACAGAAAGCAAAAGAAAAUCAUUCCUUUGCUAGUGAUGAAAUGAUUUUAAAGAAUAUUCUUAAGGCAAAAUGGUAUGGUACAGAAGAAGUACUCAGUGCGUUAGAUUUUAACAUAAAUUCUGAUGAUUUAUUACCUGAAAUAAUCAUAUAUGAUGAUACUGGUAAAAUUGAGUCAGAUAACUUAGCUUUGAAACAAAAAAAGAAAAAUCUACUACCCACUGUCGAAAGCUUUGAACAAAAAAGGAAAUUAAUUAAAACUGAUAAUAACAAAUCCUCAUCAAAGGAGGAUGAUAUAACACACCUAUUAUUAAAAAAUAUUGAAACAAAGAAUUCAAAUCCAACAAACCAAAGUGUACAAAUUAGUUCGAAUUACAAGCCCAGAAAGUUACAUGAAGAGAAGCUAGUGAAACAAAUGUUUACCAAAUUUAAUGACCCUGCUUGUCAUUACAAUACAUCAUUGAGCAUUGCCAGCAAUAAUAAAGCAAUGGAUUUAAAAACAAAAAUUAUGGGAGGCCUUAGAUUAGAACCAGUAUUGUCUCCAUACAGUGCUCUUUAUUUAUGCCCUUAUAUCAAAAGAGAUGCAGAAGUCAACCCUCCUUGGUUACAACUCAUGGCAGAACUUCAAGUAAAAGUGAAUCACAAAUGCUUAGGGUGGAAGUUGCCACCUAGGGACCCAGUAGAUUAUGUUUAUGUUCAACCUGAACAUAUUCCUGCAAUAAACAGUUUGUGUAAUCAUUUCUUCUGGCCAGGAAUAGAUCUGACAGAAUGCCUACAAUAUCCUGACUUUAGCUGUGUUGCCUUGUAUAAAAGACUAAUUGUUGGAUUUGCAUUUUUAGUUCCCGAUGUAAAAAUUAAUGAGAAUUAUAUGUCAUUUAUUUUUACAAGACCUGGAUGGAGAAAUGUUGGUGUUGCAAAGUUCAUGUUAUAUCACUUAAUACAAACAAGUGUUGGAAAAGACAUUACAUUACAUGUUGCAAUAGAUAAUUCAGCUUUAUUUUUGUAUCAGAAAUUUGGCUUUAAAGUUGAACAUGUAGUUCUAGAUUUUUAUGAAAAAUAUUUUCCUUUGAAUUAUAAAGAUUCAAGGCAUGCAUUUUUUUGUAGAUUAGAAAGAUAAAUCACCCAAUUCCAAUGUUUACAUGUAUUACACUUUUUUUAACA